CGCCAUGCGCCGAUGGAAACCUCUCGGUCGCUGCGAGACUAUUUUGAGAUCUCGUACCAGCAGGGUGGCAUCUUCAAGCACGAAGACUACCGCUGGUGCGACGACGAAUGGGGCUGGUUACACAAGCCAACAGGCAUCACCGUGUGGGGUGACGCCUUGGAUUUGUCCUCGACGGAGAGGGCCCAAGUGGUCUUCCACUAUACCAACUUCUUGGCCUUUAAGAACAUCACCAACGAGGCCAAGGAGGACAUCGAACUCUGGGCUUCGCUGGAGAUCGAAGGCCCCACGGCCAAUGCCUGGUACGGCCGGGGGCUCUACACUGUGCCACUGCCACCGGAUGGCUGGGAAGACAUCCAGGCCUUGUUGGACAACAACUAUCGGAAUAUGAUGAGACGCGACCUGGAGAACAGGGGUGAAGAGUAUGUGCGAAAGACCUACCCGGCAAGAGCCAAAUACUGCAUCCCCAUUCUCGUGGAUCCUGCAGGUGCUUACGAUGUUUCGGUGCGACAAACUCCGGAGAUGGUGGAACGCGGUGUUCCACCGGGGUAUAACCUGAAGAUGAUGCCCCUGAGCGAACCUGGCAUGCGGCCGCGGAUGUGCAUCACAGUGAGGAUUGAAGAUGAAAAGAAGAAUGUGUGCAACCCCAAAGCCAAGUUGCUGGAUGUGGUGAAGCGCCGCGCGCAGGCCCUGGCCUCGGGGGGGCCCUCGCGCGGGGCGCUGGACGCCAUGAUGCGCGUGGCCGCGGUGGAGCUGAAACGAGGCCUCUACGAGGAGGCGGUGAGGCACUACGAAGAUGUGGUUCGACACAUGGAGAGCUUCUUCGGGGUGAAUCAUCGCCUGACGCUUCGCGCCAUGCACGGCCUCGCAGAAGCGCUGGCGUUGCAGGGAGACUUUGGACCUGCAGAGGCCUAUAUGUCAAUGGUUUUGACGAAGAACAUCGACGAGUUCGGGGAGGACGAUGGGGAUGCCGUUCACGCCUUAGGGAGUUUAGGGAACAUCUUUCGGCUGCAGCACAAGCGAGUGGAAGCGCAGGAGUUCUUGCGGCAAGCCUUUCGGAAGACGCAGCGGAAGUAUGGUGUGGAUCAUCCCAAAACCCUGGCUGCGCUGCUGGAUUUCGCCUCCUUCACCAGCCCAGAGGAAGCGGAGCAGCUCUACACAGAUGCGCUGAACCGUUUCCAGACUCAGCUGGGCGACAAGCACCCGGACACCAUGCACUGCAAGAUGCUGCUGGCUGAGACAAAGUUGUCGCUGGGAAAUCGAACGGAGGCCAAGGAGGAGUUUGAAGAUCUGUUUGAAACCAUCAAGAAGCAACUUGGAGCGUCUCAUCCCAAGACGCUCCAGGCACAUCGCGGCCUGUUGCUGGCACUCAGUGAAGACGGCCACAUCUGUGCGGCCAUGAAGCGCUUCGGGGCGGAAGGCGCUGGACGCGGUCCCGGUGCAGGCACUUACAUUCUACUGGAGAUCCUGUUCCAUUUCAGCUUACGCUGCGGUGUCUUGGGAGUGUCAUUGCUGCUGUUCUUGGGCCUGUACCUGUACUCCCCCUUCUUCCUGGCAAGUUGGCUGUGGGAUCAGGAGAUUUCCAGUGCCGUGUGGCUGCUGUUGGUUGGCUCCCAGCUGUGGUUGCUUCAACUGGUCCUUCUGCUGUGUCAGCUCAUAUCGCCCAAUCGAAGGGAGUUGCAAACUUUCCAUGGCCUGCAAAUCAAUUUGGCCCUUCUACUUGCAAGCGUCUUGCUGGCAUUUCGCCUGUGGCUCUUCCACUUUUCCUGGUUUCUGGUCACGGCGCCCUUGCACUCGCUCGAGCUGCUGUGGCUAAUCACUUGGCUGCGUCGUCGCAACCGCCAUGUGACGGAGAGUUCUAGGGAGCAAUUCACGGCAGUUCUGGCGUCGCUGGAACGAACGGUCUUCAUCACAUCUUGUGCUGCGCGCGCGGAGUUUGCAUAUCUUCCUGAAAUUCGGAAGAUCCCAGUCUUCGCGAUUUGCAUCCUCCUCCUCUCCGCUCGUUUGCUGCGGAGCCUCAUUGAGUGCUGCUUCCGGGGCUGCCGCCCUGGGCUCGGCUGCACAUGUUCUCAGGUUUUUAAAUCGAGUGUCUUCAGUUGUGUCGUCUCAAUCUCCCGAAGGGACAUCUUGAGAUCUCGACUGGUGGAAGGCUUCACUUCCAUGGUGGGUUUCUGUAUCUUGCUGGGCGGCACCUACAAGGCCUAUCGUCCCACGCACCUCUCGGCGGUAUGGAUCUCCCUGCCGUUUCUGGUCAUCGCCCUUUGCCCUGCUCUGUCGCUGUGUAUCAUACGAGUCCUGAAAAGCUGCGCGGGGCCUUCGGGGCUUCGGCAACGGCACAAACUCAGCACGUUCACACAUUUGGCGGACUGACGAGUUUUGGAGGUGUGUCCCCCAUGGCAUCGUCAUGAGACCCGUCGAAUCGACCCGUGGCCCGUGGUUGUGAGUGGCUCCCAAAUUCCUUUUUUCUCUGCC